CCCACCGGUGGGUCAUGCCGUCGUCAAUGUGUUAAUGAAUCAAAGAAUAUUUACAUCACUUCCAUAAAUCUGCAGAACGAUAUCAAGGAUAAGUUGACACCGCUGGAAGCGGAAAUCCGGUACUCGAUGAAAGAAUCCCGCCACUUCCAGCAGAGCUUCCAACGCAGAGACCCCAAAUCCGUGCUCCUUCCCAUUCUCGAUCUCAACGUACCGCCAGUUCGUAAAGAUUCCAUCAGCAUUCACAAGAACUGCGGCCGCGAUAACGUCUGCAUUCCCGAUCUGAGGCUCAUCGCCAAUUCGAGCGUCGAAAAGUACCUGCUCAAAUCCAACGAGAAACUGCAGUUCGAUAUAAUCGUACAGAACGAGGGUGAAGACAGUUUCGAGUCGACGUUCGAUUUGAGUAUGCCGGCGGGUGUGGAUUUCAACAAAAUCAUUCAAUACGAUAAGAACGAGGUGAGGUUCCUCUGUUCCCCGAUGGAGAACAACACGAUCAGAUGCGACAUCGGUAAUCCUCUUCCAGCCGGAAAAAUAGCGAGAUUCACGAUUCAGGUGACGCCUAAUCACAAGGAAGGUAUGAGUUCGAUCUACGAGUUUUCGAUGGCCGUGAACAGCACGAAUCCCGAGGAUCCACUGACCGUUUCCGAUAACCAAAAGAAGAUUCACAUACCGAUCUGGGUCAACUCGAAAUUGGAGCUCGGAGGAACGUCGAGACCGUCGGACAUCCAUUACAAUGCAUCGCAGUAUGCAUCUUCCGAGGAGAUCAAGAAGGAGAGCGACAUUGGUCCUCAGGUCAUCCACGUGUACAGCAUCAAGAACAACGGACCUUCGGACAUCACCGAAGCGGAGAUGCUGUUCCUGUUGCCGUACGCCACGUUGGGUGGUGAAGAUUUGCUCUAUCUGCUCGAACAACCGCACACUUUGGGCAACGUCAAGUGCGAGGCGGUCGACGCGAAUUACCGCGAUUACGAACUCGAUUACAGGAAGAAAACCAUUUGGGAAACGAUUGGCAUCGAUACGGCCAAAGCGGAUUUCGCCAGUGCGGCCGGACAAAUCGGUGGGAUCAUUAUUGAGGAAGGUGAAGGCACGAGAGGAGCGGUCGGCGGUUCCGAGAAGGUCCACAUGACUAAGGAGACGGUGGAUAGCGGAGACGGUUCUCUGAUACAUCAGCAGAGGAGGAAGCAGCAGCAAACUGGCGGCGGCGGCGGCAGCAGCAGCAGCAGUUCCGGUUCGGGCACUUUGGUUCACGUCGGCGAAGAUGGAUCCAGGGUCAGAGUGGAAACGCAUUCGAGCAGUUGGAAUUCUUCUGGAAGUGGUGGUGGUCCGACGACGGUCACCCACGUCUACAGCAAAAACACCACCAGGUACAUCGGACCUGAUGGUAAGGUGCACUACCACGAAAGUUCUUCGGGCGACAAGCACGGAGGUGCGGUAACAUCUUCGUCAUCGUCUUCAAGUGGUGGUGGUAGUUUUGUCAGUGGCGGAGGCAGUGAAGGCAGUUUUUCGGGCGGUUCAAAACCUCAGAUCAUCUACACGUCGACAGGUAAACAGCACGGAAAUCAGCAAGGCAACAGUUUCAUCACGAUGACUUCUUCAUCGUCGGAUUCGGGUGCCAAUCAAGAUCACUCUAUGACAGGUCCGGAGGGUCGCAGAUCUGGACAGACUUUUAACCACGAGGAGGGCGGAAAGACGAUUUACCAAAGUGGAGAAUACCCUGGAAACAAACCGCAGACAGUUAACAAGCAUUUCGAUUGGAACAGAGGAUCGCAGACAAAUUACAAUCAGCAGCAAGGUGGAGGAAGCACCUACGAGUCCGAGUCAGGUUCUAAUUCUAGAGCGGAGGGAGGAAGAGUUGAUGGAUCUUACGCAUCUAGAACGGAAGGUGGACAGGGUUCUAGGGUGGAAGGAUCUUACACUUCUAGAACGGAAGGAGGAUCUACUCACGGUUCGAGGACUGAAGGAGGAGUCUAUAGUCAGGGCGGUUCCAGGGCUGAAGGAGGAGGAGUCUAUAGUCAGGGCGGUUCAAGGGCUGAAGGAGGAGGAGUCUAUAGUCAGGGCGGUUCCAGAGUUGAAGGAUCGUACACUUCCAGGACUGAAGGUGGUCAUGCUCAAGGUGGUUCCAGAGUUCAGGGAUCUCACGCUUCAAGAACCGAAGGAGGAGGUGGUUCCAGAGUUGAAGGAUCGUACAAUUCUUGGUCGGAAGGAGGUGCUGGUGGUUCCAGAAAUGAAGGCGGUCACAGCGGUGGAGGCUCCAGGUUCGAAAGCAGCUACAAUCAGAGCAGAACUUACGGAACGGCUACAACGGAGAGCGGUUACCAUCAUCAGCAACAGCAAGGAGGUCAUGGCACUUACCAAUCCAGAUACAACACGGACAACGAUGACAUCCCCUACUCAUCCGAAGAGUACAUCGGAGAAUCUUAUGAGAACACCUACGACGAGGAGGAGGCGCGCAGGGCAGCGGCAGCUGCAGCAUUAGCUCGCAGUAGUAACAGGACCCAUCACCAAUGGUCAUCGAGUCAAGGAGGUCAACAACAACACCAUCACGAAGGUGGUGGUCUAGAUUUGGGCGCUGCAGCACUCGGCUCAGGCGGCUUCAGAACGACCACCUUCGACGUCAGCGGUGGAAUGGUCGGAGGCGGCGGCGGCAGUGGCGGCAAUGUGCAAAUGUCCAAUCAGGGAGCGGCAUCAUCGCAGGGCGGCAACAAGUGGGAGUCUCGCAGCGAAACUCAUUGGUCCUCAUCGGGAACCGGGGAUGUUCCGCCGCAAUACCACGCCUCCGCCAGCUUGAUUGAACGGGACAACGUUGCAACGGACAAACCCGAUUACAACAACAGAUUCCACGGACGCAGAAGGAGGCAGGUGACCGACGACGACGACAUCCGAAACGCGGUGCAAUGCAAGUCCACCAAGUGCAUGAUGGUGAGGUGCGUCGUCGGACCUCUGCUGAACGAACAGGACGCAAUCAUCGCGCUCCGAUCGAGGAUCAACGUCAGAGCUUUGAAAAACAUUUCGACGUCGCAACCGAUCAGCUUCUCGUCGAUGAUGUUGGCGAGGAUCAGCAAACUGCAGUACAUCGGUCGACCAGCAGAAAGACAGAUCCACAGUCACGAGAUCUUCACGACCGUUCCAGUCACUGAACCAGACAAACCGAAAAUUGUUCCUCUUUGGGUCGUCGUCCUCUCCGCAGUUGCCGGAACCAUCAUCCUCCUGCUGCUCAUAUUCUUGUUGUACAAAUUUGGAUUCUUCAAGAGGAAUCGUCAUUCGGACGCACCGGAAAGGCAACCCCUCAAUCGCAACGGAUUCUAUCAGAACGGAGACGCAGCACUCUGAUGAUGAGCACCAAAAAGAAGAAACGGAAAUUAAGCGACUUAAACAUGUAGAAUACUCAUAACCUCCCCUCUCCCAAUCCCCCCCGCUCGCGCGCGAUUUAAAGACAUAAAAUUGCGAUUUCUUUCUUUCUUUCUUUUAUCUUAAUUUAUUAUUUUGUUUUCGUUUUUUUUUUAUAUUUGCAUUAAUUCACGGGAGUCGGGACUAACGAGAGCGGAAUAUUAACGAGUGAUCUUCUCAUCAGCAAUAUAUUAUUACUACUACUUAUGUAAACGUAUUUUCAUUAUUAUUUUUUCUUAUUUCACUUGCGUAAACUAAAAACAGCUAAUUUCAAAUAACGUGUAAGAUGUAAACAAACAAAAAAAAACAGUAACGUAGCGUAACGAUAGAAACGAAACAAAACAAAAAAAAAGAGAAGAGAUGCGAUGAAUUCUCAUAGUGCCUUAAUAUAAAGUGAUGAUGCGACGAGAGGGAUCAAGACGGCUCUGCGAUCUUCAAUUGUUCUUUCUCUCUCUCUCUCUCUAUCUCUUGUACUUAGAGGACAUGUUUGUGUGUAUUUAGUGUGUGUGCGUCAUAAAAAAAACAAAAAGCGAAUUAAAUAAAAAAAAAAACGAUUAUAAAACAAUUAUCCUGCCGAUGAAUGAGGAAGAGGAUAUGGACGAAAACAGCGAAUAACUUAGGAG